AUGUAUCAUUUUAACAAACGCCUUUUGGAGCACAUCUUAGCAAACCUGAACGACACUCUUGCUAUUCAGCUGUACAAUGGACAGUCGAAAGACCAGCCUUGGGACUAUCAUAUCUUUUUGGUUGAUAGCUUUGAAGCUUUUGAUGAAAUCCGUUGGAACUUUCCUCAAACUUUCUACGAACGUAACUUUCGGUUUCUCAUUGUUUUGACAAAAUUCACUCCGGAAUAUUUGCCAGUCUUGGAGAGAAUUUUUUCGUCGUGUCGUCGAUUUCAUGUUAUCAAUGCAAAUAUUGUUCUUCAACAUCCUUCACUUGGAGUGUAUGUGUUUAAAUACGAACUAUUCACCGCUGAAAAAUGUCACCUUGUUCAACCGUAUUUAUUUUUCCGCUUUAAAGACAACCUGAAAGAAAUUCCGAAGAUUUUUCCCCGUAAGUUGUUCAAUUUCUAUGGAUGUCCACUAAGAAUAACCGCUCGCUCGAAUCCACCUUUCGUGACUUUUUCGGGCAAUAAGAGCAAUCCGGUGUGUAAGGAUAAUACCUGGACAAGCCUCAGCGGAAUGGAUGGAGAGUUGAUAAAGCUGUUGGCUAGAAAUCUCAACUUUACUAUAAACCUACUUCCGUUUCCCAGGGGAGAUACAUUUUUCGUCAACUACACAGGCUUUGGGUGUUUUGCUGAGUUGCUUCAUGGAAGAGCAGACAUUGGUAUCGGAGGAUUUAGUGCUUCGAAUCCUAAAAGGCUAGUUCUUACAGUUUCAGACGUCUAUCAAAUUUCUCCGGUGGUAUUUAUCAUUCGUGGUGGAAGGGAACUUGAUCCAAUAAGCCGUUUGGUGUCACCGUUCGAACUAGAUGUUUGGAUUUACCUGACCGUAUUCUUAAUCUUUGGAACUAUAAUGAUCGCUUUUUUGAGAUACACAAGCCUGUCAGUUCAAACAUUUGUAUUUGGGGAGGAAAUCAGCUGUCCCAUGACAAACUUCUUCGCUGUUUUCUUGGGAUAUCCAAUGAAUCGUCUGCCUUUGAGAAACUUCGCACGCUUCGUUCUCCUUGUGUGGCUACUCAGCAGCUUGGUUCUUCGGAAUGCCUACCAAGGUUCUCUGUUCGACUCAUUUCGCAUGGAUCGAUUUUCUCACAUUCCGAAGGGAUACAACGAGCUAAUGGCUUGGGAUUACAAAAUUCUAGUUUCGAAAUAUAUCGAAGACUCGGAGACAUUUCCGAAAAGCGGUACAAUUACCGUCUUUGGAGGGCAUGGAGCUAGGCUUAGAUAUUUAGAGAGAAAGCAUGGUCGUUAUGCUACGAUAGCACUGCGGGAUAACUUCAUGUCUUAUAUGGAGAAUAACUAUCGUAAUGGAAGUAAGUUAAUUAUGGUUGAAGAGACGGUUUAUUUACAUUCAGCUGCGAUGUUUUUACCUAAACAUUCAAUGUAUGCAGCAAGUAUAAACCGAUAUUUGAGGCUUUUCAAUGAUGCUGGAAUAACGCGGUAUUUGGCUAAGAAUAACGCCAAGGAUAAAAAGAUAUUUAAAAGACAUAAAAAUGGAUAUGAUGUGCCAUUAGAAGCAAUUACUUGUUAUCGAUUGUUGGGUGUUUUCGAAAUCAGCGGAGCACUAUUGUUACUGGCUACUGUGAUUUUUGUACUAGAAUUGCUAUCUGUAAAGUGGAAAAAAUUGGAAGGUUUUAUAAAUAUCAUAAGCUAA